AUGGACGUGGAACAGAUGCCAGUAGUGGAAAUUAAGGAAAAGUUCCUGUGGAAGGCGAAGCUGGCUCAGGAAGCGAACCGGUUCGAGGAAAUGGCCAAGUACAUGAGACAGGUAGCUGAGUGCGGGGUGCCUAUGACCAAGGAAGAGGACAACAUGCUGGCAGCUGCGUACAAGAGCGUGCUGGACACUAAACGCUCGUCCAGGAGGACGUUGGUGACGAUCGAGCAGAAGGACGGCAUAACUUCGUGGGAAGCAACGGUGGUGCGCCAUUAUCGCGCUCGUAUUGACGACGAAUUGCGCGCGCUGUGCACUGAGGUACUGACACUGGUCGAUAGAUGGCUGAUGUCCGACCAGCCAGAAACCUCGGAUCCUUCCACUGGCGUAUUCUACUGGAAACUUUGUGCCGAUUACAACCGGUAUGCUGCCGAAGUGAUCGAUGACCCGGAUGACCGGGCCGCAGUGGUGGCCAUUUCCAGAGCCGCCUACGAGCAGGCCGACCGAUUGGGCCGGAAGAACCUUCGACCCAUCGAUCCAAUCCGGCUCGGACUCAUGCUCAAUUAUUCCGUAUUUCUGUAUCAGGUGUGCCAACAACGCCGGCAGGGUCACGACGUGGCGAAGCUUGCGUUUGACGAGGCUUUAGCUGAGAUAGAUACCAUCGAAGAGUCCAUGUAUGACGAUUCGACGCUCAUCCUGCGACUUAUCCGGGAUAACUUGACCAUAUGGAUUCAAGAAAACGGUGGAGAGUCGUAUGCAAGGGCCUCCGAAAACCAGACAGCCCUAGUGGCAUUUUCGGUAGAGGAUGAUAUAGUACAAACAGACCUAGUGACUACAGAYACGGUGGCCACGUCCACAGUUCUGCUGCCGUUGUCACCUUCGACCGUCGCCGUCGAAUCACAGCCUGACAUCGAUCGUCGUUCGUUGCAGGAUAACGCGAAUUAA